AGGGAGGCUGACAGAGAGGGGCGAGAGAAGAUGACGACCGAGUGUUGGGAGCCGCUGUAAGGGACAGGAAGGAGGCGAGAUGGCAGUGCAUGUUUUCAAGUGCUUGCGCCGGCCCGGGCGCUAGAGAAACCAACAGUGAGAGGUGUGUGAGUGUGUAGGGCCGCCCAGUGUUUUGACAGGAGAGUUAUGGAAUAUGAGGAGCCCGACGUGACCCCCGCUGACAACCCCAUCAAAAGAGGAGGAGCCGCGUCCAAGAAGACUCAUUUGACCCAGAUUGAAGUUAUCCCAUGCAAGAUCUGCGGUGAUAAGUCCUCUGGAGUGCAUUAUGGUGUCAUCACUUGUGAGGGCUGCAAGGGAUUUUUCCGGCGUAGCCAGCUCCCGACUGUAUCCUACUCCUGCUCCAGGCAGAACAACUGUCAGAUCGACCGGGCCAGCCGCAACCGCUGCCAACACUGCCGUCUGCAGAAGUGCUUAGCACAGGGCAUGAGCAGAGACGCGGUGAAGUUCGGACGGAUGUCCAAACGUCAGCGGGACUCUCUGAUUGCUGAAGUGGAAAGACACCGACAGCAGCAGCAACAGCAGCAGCUUCAGGGGGACGCCCAGUCUCUCUUGUCCUUCCCCAGCAAAGCCCGUCAGGACCGCUCCCCACAGCUCCUCCCGCCCAUGGCCUCAGCUUACUCCUUCACCGGGGAGGCCGAGCUGCUGUCCUACACGGCCGAUGUUCACCCUUACCUAGUGUACUCCCCGAGCGAGUCGCAGGUGUCGGGUAUGAUCUACCGAGGCUCCAGCAUAUCUCCCACAUCGAGAUCCCAGGGAAGGGGGGACAACAGUGGACACGCGGAUAUAAGAGGAUUUGACUCCAGACAGCCACCUCAUGACAUGGUGGCGAUUCAUCCCUACAAUCCUCUGGAGGAUCCUUACAGCCUCUACCCUCACUCCCUGAGAAACAUAGAUGAGCUGUGUGCCAGCAUCGUGCGUUCCCACAGAGAGACCAGCCAGUACAGAGUGGAGGAGCUGCAGGCUCUCAGAUGGAAACUGCUCAGCAGAGAUGAGAUCCAAGCUUACCAGAGCAAAUCGGUGGACGAGAUGUGGCAGCACUGCGCCAUUCGACUGACUGAAGCCGUGCAGUACGUGGUGGAGUUCGCAAAACACAUCCCAGGUUUCCGCAUGCUGAGCCAGAACGACCAGAUUGCUCUCCUGAAGACUGGCUCCAUGGAGGUGGUUCUGGUCAGGAUGAGCCGCUUCUUCAACACGGAGAACAACACCGUCUUCUUCGAUGGCAAAUUCGCUGGAGCCGAAGUCUUCAAGUCUUUGGCUUGUGGUGAUUUAAUCACAGCAGUGUUUGACUUUGCUCACGGUAUGUGCGCUCUAAAGCUCACUGAGCAGCAGAUCGCUCUCUUCAGCGCUCUGGUGCUGAUCAACGCAGAUCGUCCAUGUCUGGAGGACAGAGUCAGAGUUCAGCGAGUGCAAAGAAGCGUCGAGUUUGGACUCACACACAUUCUGCACCGAGACAGCCAAGAAAGUCUAAUGAACAAGCUGUACCAGAGGAUGGCAGUGUUGCGUUCACUGUGCAGUCUGCACAUGGAGAAGCUGCGCUGGUUCAGUCAGCGUUACCCGCUCACCGCUCACUCUCUGUUCCCUCCGCUCUACAAGGAGCUGUUCGCCUCUGAGGCGGAGCUGCUGCCGGGGACCACUCACUGAUGAUCCUCUCUAAUAUGCAAAGACACACACACACACACACACACAUAAACACACACAUUAUUUUGAGUCGUCACUUCCUGACAUAAUCUAUUUUUCUAAUAAUGAAAAUAAAUGAGAAAAGCACAAUAAUCGUAGCGUGUUAAGUAUUACUUCCAGCAGAGCUUUUUGGUAGAUUGUGUCAAAAAUUAAAUUUAAAUAUUUUGAUAGCUUAAACUUUUUUUGAUUAUUCCAGGGAAACAUGCAUUUUGUUGUUCUUUGACAGCACAUUGUCAGUGAGGUACAUCGUUCAUUUUCUCUCAGGAUGAGCUGCUUUGAGUUUCUGGGUGUCAGUGCGUUUGGAUGUAGAGAGUCAAAGAGGCAGGACACUGAUCGAUGUUUAUUGAACAUUAAUAUUGUAAUCCACACAAAAAAGAAUAUUCUCUACUUGCACAAUGUAGUGUGAUGAAUAUUUGUUUUACAAACUGCACGUCCGUUUACCUCCUCUCAAUUCUACAAUGACGUUACCUUCGGCUCCGACCUCAGUGAUCAAAGAGCUUUUUCGUCAUAAAGUUAGUGACUUCACUUUUCACAGUUAGAUUUUUACAUAUUGUUAAUAAUAUUUACUGUUUUUGUACUUUUUUUGAUUUUUGAUCAUUUUGAUGCUCACCUCAGUGUCUUAGAUAGUGGUAGUGGUGUUGGCUAGUCAUAGCACCAAUGUUAGCCUGACUUUCAGAGCGUAACUAACGUUGGGUUGCAAUGACUCUUUUAUACAAUAGACAUUUCAAUAUCUAUGUUUUUUACACUUAAUGCCAACAAUAGUAAAGUAAGUCAUGUACACUGUCUUGCAAAAGUGAGCUGUAAAGCUCCAUAGAGCUGAUCCUCCUAAAUUUUGGUGCUUUACUUCAUUUUAGUUGCUGGUUAGACUAGCUGACUGUCUCACCUUACUAUUAAAAUGAUCAAAAACACUAAAUUUGAAAAAAAAAAGGUAAAUACUACAGUGGAAACUGCUUGCAUUGAUUUCAUCUCGUAUUUUUACAGUUUUUGUCUUUUUUUUGUACAAUUAUUACAUGACUAUAAAGUAAUGAACAGCUUCACUAUUAACUCAAUUUAAUUAACUGUUUGGAAACAGUGCAGCUGCAUUAUCGAUCCACCUCAUUAGGUCGGCUUCAACCCCAAGUGCUUUGACUAUGUGCAUGGUUUUUUUGUCUCCAUCACUAGCAGCCGUAAGCCUCGCAGAGACUACGUUUUUCAAUGAGGGAAAAUGACUUUCCAUUUCCCAUCAUAAUUUAAAUGUGCAUGCAGCACCAGCCUCAGGUAGCAGUGCUGUAAGCAGACAGGAGUUAAGUUAAAAAAUAGACUUGAAGUUUUAAAUUGGUUUCCAUAUAUUGUCAUGAAAGACCUAAAACUGCAAGCAGACUACUUGAUUUCUAUAAGGGAAUUCUUUAGGCAGCGUCUGUAUAAGAAUGGUUCUGUCUCAAGCUUUUUUCCACAUAAGUGACUAAAUCUGCCGGGGAGUCUGUGGGUCCCUACCACAAAAAAAAAAUUCAACUUAAGAACUAAUUUCCAUUACAUUAUUUAUCAUAAGCAUUUACAGCUAAACAUUAUACUAUAUGAAUAUGCAAUAAAUGAAAUAUAGUACUGUCUACAUAAAUGACUGACACUUUAAAACUCAUAUUACAUCCUAGUUUUCCAUAUAUUACUUGAACCUGAAGUAGCCUAAUAAUAAUGUCAAUUUGCUUAGUUUAUUUUUAAUUACACUUGCUUAUGGUCAUUUUAGACAGGGUGUGUGGCUGCCCGUCAUAGCAUAGCAAUUAUUUAAUAGGCUAUAGGUAAUAUAUAUUUUCUUAAUAUAUUGGUGGGGUUUGUAUUAACAAUAUCUGAUCAUAAUUUAUUUAUAAAGCACAUUUAAAAACAGUCGCAGUUGACCAAAGUUCCUUACAAUUAAAAUAAACAACUAUAAAAACAACAAAACACAAAAGAGGGUAGAAAAGAAAUAUACAAAGCUAACUGUGAAAAGUGAAUCAACUAACUUAAUAGUGACAAAGCUGUCAGAGGUCAGAGACGAAGGUGACUGGUAGAAAUGACUCAAACAGACUAUUUGUGAAAUGGAUAUGUCACACUUCAUUGUGCAAGAAAUUAACUAACCUGUAGAAAUCGUGAAAAAAAAGGUUCCUAGCUUGUCCCUCUGUAAAUGCCAUGAGUUGGAAUCAAUUUGGAAUAAAAAUAGACUCAAUAUAAAGUAAAAACGUGAAACAUAAAAAGUCAAACAAGAUUCAAACAGAUUAAGACACAAGGGAAACAUAAUCCAGCAACAACACAUGUGCAGGCCCAUGAGAAACAACCAUCACAUUCCAGCACAAAACAACAACAUGAAGCAAUCAGAAUUAUAAUCAUGUGUUCAGACUUGAUUCAACAGUACUGUUACAGAUGUUGACUGCAGUUUCAUAAGAUAACUAAAAUUACACAACCCAACUCUAAACCACCAGUUGUUUCCAAACUCGCCUGAGGUGCUCUCUCUUUCAGGAACCUGCAAAAUACGCAGCACCCACAUAUUUCAUAUUUGAAUUUAAUACAGCUUGCCUCUUGGUACGUAUGCAUCUGCAGAGAAAUGUCUCUCCUCAGGUUGAUGUUGCUGAGUCCAACAAAGCAGCAUUACCUCUAAAAUGUUCCCCUUUGUGUUUGAAUAAUUCCUCACAGGCUUUUAUAUCUCUUGAGCUUUGAAAAGAAUUUGCAUUAAAUGUAGAAAUUAAAGUAAAAAUGUGAGCGCUGCAGUAGAAGUCUCUUCCUCUGUGUGCAAACUUUUCCUCUUUAUUUUUUUCCACAUUAACUUGUUUUGUUUUCUUUGCAUAUCUUUGAAUAAAGCCAUGAGCGAAGAGAAAAUGAUGAGCGGUUUCAGCAUUAAGUACUGUAUGUCAGGAUGUAGUCCUCUCUGUUCCCGGAACAGCUGAGAAUAUAAUGAAGAUAAUUCCAUGUUAAUCUUCAAAUAAACUGCUGAGGCUGUGACACCAAG